CCUUGAUUCUCCGCCCUGCCUUCCCAGCACCAAGCGAAAGCAACCUCGAAUUGUCUUCUGGUCGUUCAUCAAUGUCUUCCACUCCCAGAAAACGCCUUAAACCCCACCUCAAAACCCCGAAAUCUGAUCCCAUCAAUCUCUAUAACAACAGCUGCGAUCCUGAUUCCCCCUCUUCUUCAUCUUCUUUCACUUCUCUCAGAUUCUUAAUGGAACCUUCCUCAAACUUCUUCCCUUCCAAGGACGAUUUCUUCAGGCUCCUUGCCGUUCUCGUCAUCGCAGCCUCUGUCGCCAUGUCCUGUAACUUCAUUGUCGGCUUCCUUGGUCGCCAGCCAAAGCCCUUCUGCGAUAGCAAUGGGAAUUCCAGGGAUUCUGUGUCAGAUGUCUGUGAGCCUUGUCCAAAUAAUGGAGAGUGUUAUCAAGGAAAGUUGGAAUGUGUUCGUGGCUAUAGGAAGCAUGGGAAUUUAUGUGUGGAAGAUGGAGAUAUUAGUGAAGCAGCUAAGAAACUUUCAGAAUGGGUAGAAAUGCAUGUCUGUGAAGCAUAUGCUCAAUUUUUGUGCGACGGAAUCGGGACAGUCUGGGUCCGUGAGGAUGAAAUAUGGAAUGAUUUAGAUGAAUCCAAGCUGAUGGAGAGUUUUGGCUUGGAUAGGGCUAUUUAUGGAUAUGCAAAACAAAAGGCAAUGGAGAAAAUUGGUAAAUUAUUAGAGAAGAGGACAAAUUUGCAUGGGAUCAAAGAGUUGAAGUGCCCAGAAGUUCUGGUGGAACAUUACAAACCAUUUAUCUGUUGCAUCAAACAGUGGAUCUCCAAGCAUGCUUUAGUUUUCAUGCCAUCAUGUAUUCUGCUCCUGGGAUGCGCGUUGUUACUCUGGCGAGUACAUCAGACCCGAUAUCUAUCAAGUAGAGCUGAACAGAUUUACCACCAGGUUUGUGAUGUACUCGAGGAGAAUGCUUUGAUGUCAAAAAGCAUGAAUGGUGAAUGUGAACCCUGGGUAAUUGCCUCUUGGUUACGAGAUCACCUCCUUCUUCCUAGAGAAAGGAAGGACCCUUUGUUGUGGAAAAAGGUUGAGGAGUUUGUUCAAGAGGAUUCUCGCUUAGAUCGGUACCCGAGGCUGGUGAAGGGUGAAUCAAAAGUGGUAUGGGAAUGGCAAGUUGAAGGCUCUCUGAGGUCAUCCAAGAUGAGGAAAAAACUUACUCCUGGGAAACUGAAGUCCAGUGAACCAAUGGACAUGAAUUCUAAUGGACAAUUAUCAGCACUGAAGGAUGGUGGGCUGCUGAACUGCUGAAUUUUUUCCCUCAACGAGCAUGCUUUUGUUUAUAACUCUUCUAAAUCUGCUUUCUUCUUCUUCUUCUUCUUCUUCACAAGCUUUUUUGUAUGCCCUAUAAUAUGAUAAUUCAGUGUUUGAGAGAGAUUAUGAUUGGGUGUCACGCCCACAAGCUUGACACUCAAGCUUAAUCUUUUAGGUGGAUGGGUUCUUUGCCAUGGUA